AUGACUCUCCCGGCAGCUGACGCCCAGGGCGAGGCCACGGACCCAAGCCCGGGAGAGACGUCACCGCAGGCUGACCCCGGCGGGCCACCCGCGGGUGACAGGCCUCAUGCCCACCCAGCCCUUCCUCGGGGCGCGGCCUCAUCGGAGAUACGAGGUGCCAAUGCACCCACAGCCCCGGCCCGGCCGCCCUGGGCGGCGGCAGAAGCGGAUCCAGGCCCUCACCCGGCCGGUGGACGGGUGCGGCCGUACCUCCCCCACCGGGAGCAUCCUCGAGGCCGACGGAGCGCGCAGGGCGGGCGAGACAGGUUUGCACAGAGGCACCGCCGGCCGCCCCUCGCACCCUCCCGGCCGCCGCCCCCGGCCCCACGCCCCCGGCCCCACGCACGCCCCCGCCGCCCUCCUGCACCACCCGACCCGCCCGCCGCGGGCACGCGCCCGCGCCCCCGCCCCCUGCCGGCCACAGCCCCGCGCGCGCUCCCACCCGUGGGCCGAGCCGAGCGAAGGCCGCGCCGGGGAGGGGCGGCGAGAGCGAGCCCUCGGCCGCCGCACCGCGCGCGGGAGCUCCGCCAGCGCCGCCACCGCCCCCAGGGCCGCACCUUCUCCUUCUUCAGCUUGUAG